AUGAAUGCUGUAGAGACUCCUGAGGGGCAGGAACUGCAAAAUCUGGGGACUGGAGCCUGGGACAACCCUGCCUACAGUGGACCCCCCUCCCCGCACAGGGCACUGAGGAUCUACACUGUCUCCAGUGCAGUGCCCCCUCAGCCCCAACCCAAGAAGCCUGAAGAUGAACCCCACGAGAAGACACGUGGGACACCGGUGUCCAGCUGCUGCCUCCAUAUCUGCCAUGGCAUCAGAGGACUUUGGGGAACAACGCUGACUGAGAACACGGCUGAGAACCGGGAGCUUUAUGUCAAGAUCACCCUGCGGGAGCUUUUGGUAUAUGUCGUGUUCCUGGUGGACAUCUGUCUAUUGACUUAUGGAAUGACAAGCUCCAGUGCGUAUUACUAUACCAAAGUGAUGUCUGAGCUCUUCUUACACACCCCGUCAGAGACCGGCGUCUCCUUCCAGGCCAUCAGCAGCAUGGCCGACUUCUGGGAUUUUGCCCAGGGCCCACUACUGAACAGUUUGUACUGGACGAAAUGGUACAACAACCAGAGCCUGGGCCAUGGCUCCCACUCCUUCAUCUACUAUGAGAACCUGCUUUUGGGGGUUCCGAGGCUGCGGCAGCUGAGAGUCCGCAAUGAUUCCUGUGUGGUGCAUGAGGACUUCCGUGAGGACAUUUUGAGUUGCUAUGAUGUCUACUCUCCGGAUAAGGAAGAACAACUCCCCUUUGGCCCCCUCAAUGGCACAGCGUGGACAUACCACUCACAGGAUGAGCUGGGGGGUUCCUCCCACUGGGGCAGACUCACCAGCUACAGUGGAGGUGGCUACUAUCUGGACCUUCCAGGACCCCGACAGGCCAGUGCAGAGGCCCUUAGGGACCUCCAGGAGGGACUGUGGCUGGACAGGGGCACUCGGGUGGUGUUCAUUGACUUCUCAGUCUACAAUGCCAACAUCAACUUGUUCUGUGUACUGAGACUGGUGGUGGAGUUUCCUGCUACAGGAGGGGCCAUCCCAUCCUGGCAAAUCCGCACAGUUAAGCUGAUCCGCUAUGUCAGCAACUGGGACAUCUUUAUCAUCAUCUGUGAGAUCAUCUUCUGCAUCUUUAUCUUCUACUAUGUGGUGGAGGAGAUUCUGGAGCUGCACAUCCACCGGCUUCACUACCUCAGCAGCAUCUGGAACAUACUGGACCUGGUGGUCAUCUUGCUCUCCAUUAUGGCCAUUGGCUUCCACAUAUUCCGAACCCUUGAGGUAAAUCGGCUGAUGGGGAAGCUCCUGCAGCAGCCAAACAUGUAUGCUGACUUUGAGUUCCUCGCCUUCUGGCAGACGCAAUACAACAACAUGAAUGCUGUCAAUCUCUUCUUUGCCUGGAUCAAGAUAUUCAAGUACAUCAGCUUCAACAAAACCAUGACUCAACUCUCCUCCACACUGGCCCGCUGUGCCAAGGACAUCCUGGGCUUUGCAGUCAUGUUCUUCAUUGUUUUCUUUGCUUAUGCUCAACUUGGCUACCUGCUUUUUGGGACCCAAGUGGAAAACUUUAGCACUUUCGUCAAGUGCAUUUUCACUCAGUUCCGGAUAAUCCUUGGGGACUUUGACUACAAUGCUAUCGAUGAUGCCAACCGCAUCCUGGGUCCUGCCUACUUUGUCACCUAUGUCUUCUUCGUCUUCUUCGUGCUCCUGAACAUGUUCCUGGCUAUCAUCAAUGAUACAUAUUCAGAAGUCAAGGAGGAGUUGGCUGGACAGAAGGAUGAGCUGCAACUUUCUGACCUUCUGAGACAGGGCUACAACAAGACCCUACUACGGCUGCAUCUGAGGAAGGAGCAGGUUUCAGAUGUACAGAAGGUUCUUCAGGGUGGAGAGCAAGAGAUCCAGUUUGAGGACUUCACCAACACCUUGAGAGAACUAGGACAUGCAGAGCAUGAAAUCACUGAGCUCACAGCUGCCUUCACGAGGUUUGACCGAGAUGGGAAUUGCAUCCUGGAUGAGAAGGAACAGGAACAAAUGCAACAGGACCUGGAGGAUAAGAGGGUGGCCCUCAAUGCUGAAAUUGAGAAUGUGGGCCGGUCCAUUGCAAGUUGCCUACCAGGCGAGUUGGGCUCAGAGGUUGCCAGAGCAGGAGGCUGGAUUUCAGGAGAAGAAUUCUACAUGCUCACAAGGAGAGUUCUGCAGCUGGAGACUGUCCUGGAAGGACUUGUAUCUCAGGUUGAUUCUGUGGGCUCAAAGCUAACGGUGCUGGAGAGGAAGGGGUGGCUGACCCCCUCCCCAGGCAUGGAAGAACAAGCCAAUUGGGAGCACCUGCAGCCAGCCCCAGCUAUGACUCUAGCCCUCUGGGGAGUCCAGGGUGGGCAGGACAGUGAGGUUCCCUGUAAUAAAGAAGGGUAA